AUGCAUGCGACGUCGCUUUACAGAGGUUGUCUGCUCAUAUCUAUCUACCUCUGUUUGUUCAUAUCUAUCUAUCUAUCUAUCUAUCUAUCUAUCUAUCUAUCUAUCUAUCUACCUAUCUCAGAACACGACAGAAAUGGGGAUGAUCUAUCUAUCUAUCUAUCUAUCUAUCUAUCUAUCUAUCUAUCUCAGUUUGUUCAUUAUCUAUCUAUGCAUCUAACUCAGUUUGUUCAUUAUAUAUCUAUCUACUUUGUUCAUAUCUAUCUAUCUAUCUAUCUAUCUAUCUAUCUAUCUAUCUAUCUAUCCGUUUGUUCAUAUCUAUCUAUCUAUCUAUCUAUCUAUCUAUCUAUCUAUCUAUCUAUCCGUUUGUUCAUCUAUCUAUCUAUCUAUCUAUCUAUCUAUCUAUAUGACUGUCUGUCUGUCUCUUUGUUCAUAUCUAUCUAUCUAUCUAUCUAUCUAUCUAUCUAUCUGUCUGUCUGUCUGUCUGUCUGUCUCUUUGUUCAUAUCUAUCUAUCUAUCUAUCUAUCUCAAUUUGUUCAUUAUCUAUCUAUGCAUCUAACUCAGUUUGUUCAUUAUAUAUCUAUCUACUUUUAUUUGUUCAUAUCUAUCUAUCUAUCUAUCUGUCCGUCGCUUUGUUCAUAUCUAUCUAUCUAUCUAUCUAUCUAUCUAUCUAUCUAUCUAUCUAUGUGUCCGUCUCUUUAUUCAUAUCUAUCUAUCUAUCUAUCUAUCUAUCUAUCUAUCUAUCUAUCUAUCUAUCUAUGUUGGAGAGGUCUUUUUCUUUUUGCCUUGUUUCUUUCUUUCUUUCUUUCUUUCUUUCUUUCUUUCUUUCUUUCUUUCUCCUUCUCUUUUCCCUCUCUCCGUCUGUCUGUCUGUCUGUCUUUCUCGAAACAAGGAUACGUUGUAAGAUUCCUGUCUAUCCACCAUCACUUACCGAAUAGGAAUGACAGAUAUCUAUAUUUUUCCUUGUUUGCGCAUAUCUCAGAUAUUAGAAUGAUAUGA